AUGACAUCGAGCUUCGCAAGCAGCUCCCAUGGCACCCGGGUCUAUGUGACCUUUAACUCGGACGAAGCCGGGAAAUUCGAAGUGGCGACGGUGGAGCUCGACACCUCGGAUCGCACGCGGCACCCGGGCGUGGUGAAGACGAGGAUGUUCGAGACUCCGGAGCGCCCUGCAUCCUUCACGAUCAAGCUCGACAAGCCUUACCAUGAUUACGCCAACGUCGUAGCGAGGGCCGCCGUGACCAAGGCGGCGUUGCAAAGAGGCUUCGUGUUGAAUUUGCGUGUCUAUGUUAUUUUCAACACUAGUAAGGACCGGUUUAUGAAAGUGGAUGCUGUGGAGCGGAGAUACGAGUGA